AAUUCCGAUAUCAAAUGUAUCCCAGUCGUCAACUUAUUAUGAGUUCAACGAUGAGGACGACAAGAUACACGCUUGGGCAUCACUAGCUACUGAUGGUGAUACGACAACAUGUGCUCGUACUAAUGGUGGUGAAGUGCCAACAUUCACAUUAUCAUUUGACAAAGAGUAUUACGUACAUAGUAUUCGGAUUACUGUUCUUCCGUAUAAGAUGAUUAUUGGAAUCGAGUUUUGGAAGUGAAGAAGUGCUUCACUGCUGUGGCGGCCAAUAAUAAAAAAGUAAUUGGUGUCCAGAAUGGUGGAAUUUGUUUUACUUCAAGGGACGGAUAUGGCACAUAUAACAAAAAUGGUAGUUCGUCUGAGUGUACAGGAUACAAGGGCGAUUACAGGGGAAAUGAGCAUGACGUGGUUGGUACUGGAGGACAAUGGGCAAUGAGUGUCUAUGCUAACACGUAUGACAAAAAGGGAGAACUCACUGCAUAUACAUUUCAAGAGUGCAAAACUAAAUGCGACAAGUCUGGUUUCUGUGCUGCAUUUCAGUUUGAACGUGGCAAACAGAGCUGUAGAUACUUCGGAGAUAUAUGUCAAAAUUACGGGUCUGAAUCAAACAGCAUCUACACAUACAAUAUAAUAGGAGAUCCUGAUAACAUUGGAAACCAAACUUUAGAAGUAACAAUGAAGCCCAGUGGAGAAAAAUGCGAGGAGAAAGUAUUUGGUCAUAAAGAUGAAAAAGACAAUUGGCUGUUCUUCCAAAUCUGCAAAUGAAAUCACAAUUAGAGUAAAAGACACUGCUUCUUCUAGUUCAGUAUUGUCAAUAUGCGACAUCAAGGCGUAUGAGUGUACUGAUGGUCACUAUGGUGCCUCCUGUAUAGAAUGUACCAGAAAAUGCAAAGCUGGUGAUACUUGUGUCAAAUCUGAUGGAUGGUGUCCAGGAGAUUGCAUGGCUGGAUAUGGACCCGAGAGAGAAUGCAUAAGAUGCUCUGCCGGAAAAUGGGGAGUCAACUGUGCAGAGGAGUGUACAAGACAUUGCAAGACACGGGAUGAAUGUAAGAGGGAAGAUGGUGUUUGCAGUGGUGAUUGUGAAGACAAAUACUAUCCAAAAUACAGUUGUAACCAAGAGGCAAAUAGAAUUGAUGGUGAACCUACGUUCAGGAGUCGGGGUGCUGAUUACAUUGAGAUAGAAUGGAAUAUUGUAGAUA